AUAAAUGCUUUGAAUAUACGCAUUAACCAUAUUAAUUUUGUUCCAUGAAAAGAGGGAGAGGUUUCAACUUUCAAGUGAAAGUGUAUCUCUCUCCGUUUCUCUGUGUUGUAAAAUGUUCAUGUCUCUAUUUACAUGUGAAUAGAUGUCAGGUAAAAGAAGGUUUAUAGAGAGAGAAAGUUUGGGGAGACCUACAGAGACAGAAAGAAAUGCUCUUUUUCCUUUCUCAGUGUAGAGUAAUCUUCAAAAUCCAGCCUUUCCAGCAAUACGGAGUUGCUAUAGCAUUCUUAGUUGCCUUUUUUUUGUUCCCUUGGUUAUCUAUGCUGUCUCUUUCUUGUUGAGGUAUAGAUUGAAUACUCAGAUCAAAUCAAGACUUGAGUUGCAGAUUUUGAAGCAUUUUCUUAGUUGGAUUUUUGAGAUGCAAAAUUGGGCUCAGGUGUUUGUAUAAAGUCCAGAGUGAGAGUUUUACUGUAGUGAAUUGGAGGAUUUUUGUAGUAAAAAUGAGAGAUUUUCCUUCUUGCUUCGGUGAAAAUGGGGUUCAGGUAGCUGAUUCUUCGUCUUCAAAUACUAGUAAAAAUGCACAGAAUUUGGUUACUUGUAUGUAUCAAUGUCGAAUUCGAGGUCGCUAUUGCUUCAUCACUAUUACAUGGAGUAAGAAUUUGAUGGGUCAAGGUCUAAGUGUGGGAAUGGAUGAUUCUGCUAAUCAAUGUUUAUGCAAAGUUGAUAUUAAACCCUGGUUGUUCUCAAAAAGAAAAGGGUCCAAGAGCUUAGAAGCAUAUUCUUGUAAAAUUGACAUAUAUUGGGACCUUUCUGCAGCCAAAUUUGGAUCUGGGCCUGAACCAUUAGAGGGAUUUUAUGUAGGCAUUGUUGUCGACCGGCAAAUGGUUCUUCUUCUUGGGGAUUUGAGAAAAGAGGCUUUCAAGAAAACUAGUGCCACCCCUAUUCCUUCAAAUGCAGUUUUUGUUGCCAAGAGAGAACAUGUUUUUGGGAAGAAAGUGUUUAGCACCAGGGCUCAGUUUUGUGACAAUGGUCAAAUUCAUGAUCUUGUGAUUGAAUGUGACACAAUCAGUACCAGUGAUCCAUGUCUUGUGGUUCGUGUGGACUGUAAGACUGUGAUGCAAGUGAAGCGGCUACGUUGGAAGUUUCGUGGGAACCAUACAAUAUUGGUCGACGGACUGGCAGUAGAAGUUCUUUGGGAUGUUCAUAAUUGGCUUUUUGGCACAUCUGUUGGAAAUGCUGUUUUUAUGUUCAAGACAUGCCUCUCAGCUGAGAAGUUGUGGUCAAGCCAAUCACUGGCAGAUGCAACUGUGUUGCCAUGGUCCUUCUCGCAGAGAUUUCUGGAUUCCAAAUCGCAAAAUCUUGGUUUUUCACUGAUCUUGUAUGCUUGGAAGAAUGAAUAGAGAUACUCAGAUAUUUUUCUUUGAGUGCUAACAGAACAAUUAGGAAUUAUGAUUUUUAUCAUUAUGCUAUUGAUUACAAUUAGUUUGAUUAAACAUUUUUUUUCUUCCUUUUCCUGUUGAGUUACUUGAGCAAUUGAAUUGAUACAAUUUCGUGUUCUCAGUUGCCUGUAUAUCCUUCACAAAAUUGUUCCUUAAUUUUGUUUCUCCUUUUGUCUAAUAAGAAAACUCCAUUGUCACUAAAUACCUGAGUUCAUGGCAUGAAGCUUUUUUAUUUGUAGCUUGAGUUUGUACAAGUAACAUGCAGCAUGUAGGACAUCCUGCCUUGUCGAACUUUUGAGCUGUAAGUCUACCUCUUGACCACUCUACAUAAUUAUAGUUGUAAGUAUGUGCUCCUUUUUCCUAAAGUCAAUUCAAUUAUAGCCACCAUUCUUUCUUGUUGAUUUAUCAUCUGUGGAAUUUAUGCCUUUGCAUUGCAGGUGUCCUAGUUGUUGCAAAUGAAGAAAAAUUAAAGACCAGGGCUAUGCAUGGAGAUCAUAUAAGAUGUAAACAUUGCCUCAUACUAUCGAGGUACAUGAGAGCUUAAACAGUAUGUGAAUAAUGUAGUUUGAGCAUGUAAAUUCUGCCAUUGACUUGGUAUGGAAUUCUGACUUCAAUCUUACCUUAUUUGUGUUAGUUAUUUAUACUUUCCAUUGCCAAGUAGUGAUUAUGAAAUUUUUGUGAAA